AUGGUUCACCCUGCAUUCGUCACUGGAGCAGUGCUCCUUUUCUUCACCUCUCUUGCGACUGCCAAGCCCGUUAGCAUCGCAAGUUCGAUUGCUUCUGGAACUCUCAUUCCUGGCUUCCCUCAUCAUGGGGGUAAAUUCUGGAAUCGCGCCACACCAGUGACAGCUCUUUCCACAACCGUGGCUGUCGAGGCUGCCGAAUCUACCGAAGACGAAGCAUGUGACGAGUCUGAAGAGAUCGUCACUGAGACUACUGAGGAUAGUUGUGAUCUUGUCGAGGAAACUGACACCACGCUUUCCCCGGCGGUCUCCACGACUGCACCUGUCGAACACAACUUCGAGCCGACGUCCGCGACGCCUUUGUUUGUAUCUGUUUCGCCCACUGACGCUGUGUCAACCGCUGUGUCAUCCCCAGGAAGCGGAAGCUCUGAUGGUUGCGGCAAGCAGUCUUCUCUGACUAGUGGUACCUAUAGCGUCACUGUCAAUGGCCGCACUCGCUCAUAUAUCCUUGAUGUUCCUAAGAGUUACAAUAGCAGCAAGGGAUACAAGCUCAUCUUUGGUCUUCACUGGCGUGGAGGUACCAUGGAAGAUGUGGCGACGGGUCAGACUGUCGAGGCCGGUGUCUGGAACUACUACGGUCUGAAGCGCCUAGCUGAAGACAGUGCCAUCUUUGUUGCACCGCAGGGAAUCGAUAACGGCUGGGGUAACAGCAACGGAGACGACGUCAAGUUCAUUGAUGCCAUAAUGGAGCACGUUGAAGCAGAUCUCUGUGUUGACCAGUCCCAACGCUUCGCGACGGGCUUCAGUUUCGGGGGCGCCAUGACAUACUCGUUGGCAUGCUCCCGAGCCGACAAGCUUCGCGCAGUUGCCGUCCUCUCGGGCGCCCAACUCAGUGGCUGCGAAGGUGGCAACGAUCCUGUCCCGUACCUUGGAAUCCACGGUGUUGAUGACGAUAUUUUGAGUAUCUCGAUGGGCCAUUCCCUGCGGGAUAAGCUCGUUUUGAACAAUGGCUGCCAGGCCCAGUCAGCGCCGGAGCCAAGCUCUGGAAGCUUGACUCACACAAAGACCACUUACACCUGUAAUUCGGGAUAUCCGGUGACAUGGAUUGCAUUUGAUGGCGGGCACAUUGCAUCCCCCCAGGAUGGGGCCACGACUGAUAGUGGAUUGAGAACAUGGGCUCCUGGAGAGACAUGGGAAUUCUUCUCUCAGUUUUCGUAA